AUCGUCCCGCGCGCAUUGUGGAUAACGUGCGUCCAUUGCGAUAACAUGGAGGAUUGUCUUGCCUGAUUGCACAAUGUAAUUUUUUUUGUUUUUUUUCCAUCGCAUAUUUUACUUGUCUUUAUUUUGUGGGGACGCUAUAAUUCCUCGUCCGGGACAGUGUGAACCUCCACCCUCCACACUCAGGAGGGGAUUAGAAACACAAACCCGCUCGAUUCCGAUGAAACAUCUAGACCCCAAAGGUCGUCUGGAACCGGUCUCCUGUAUGUUCCAAGAACAAGAACCAAGCAGGGUAAUGAAGACUGGUCCUCCUCAACAGAGUGAUGGAUGGGGAAAUUACAGGAUGGGACUUUAAGUGGCGCCCACGUGGAGCCCUGACUGAUAGGGCUGAGAGCAGGUAAAUGGAACUGCAGGACAGGAGUCGAUCCCCGUCCCGUAGGACCAGCAGGGUCGAGCAGGUGGUGGGAAGAUGGCUGAGGCGGUCCCGAGAAUUGGGCAGCAGGUCUCACUCUUUGAGCAGAGACAGAGUUACAAUAGACGGGAGACCAGAAGAAUAUAUGAGCACAGAUGGAAGAAACAAUCCCUUCCGCUUGAAUGUUUUGAUCCAGCAAGACCCAAAACACAAAUCUCAUGGCCUCACACUAUCCUCACAGAUGCCAAUCUUGGUACAAGAGGUCACCCAAGGUGGUCCUGCAGAUGGCCGGCUCAUCCCUGGUGACCAGCUUGUGAAGAUCAAUAACGUCGCUGUCGAUGACCUGACCCCUGAGCAAGCUGCUGAAAUUAUCAGAGAGUGUCAAGAUUCGUUAUCUGUGACUAUACUCAGAAAAAUGCUGGGCCCUAAGUCAUCCUUCAUCACACCUGAGAAGAGAGCCAAGCUUAAAUCUAACCCGGUAAAGGUUCGCUUUGCUGAGGAGGUGGAGGUCAAUGGACAUUCUCAGGGCAACUCGCUGCUAUUCCUACCUAAUGUUCUGAAGGUAUAUCUGGAGAAUGGGCAGACGAAGGCCUUUAAAUUUGAACCCAGCACAACAGUCAAGGACAUUGUAAUGACACUCAAGGAAAAACUUUCGCUGAGAAAUAUUGAACAUUUCUCCCUGGUGCUUGAGCAGCAAUACAGUGUCACUAAACUGUUAUUGUUACAUGAUGAAGAGAAGAUACAACAGGUGGUCCAGAAGAAGGAGUCCCGUGACUACAGAUGUCUAUUUCGUGUUUGUUUCAUUCCAAAACUACCUGAGACUCUGCUACAAGAUGAUCCGACUGCCUUUGAGUAUCUUUACCUGCAGGGAGUGAAUGAUGUCCUGCAAGAGCGCUUUGCAGUAGAAAUGAGGUGUAACACUGCUCUGCGACUUGGCGCACUGCACAUCCAGGAAAGGUUGGCAAGCUGUGGACUGUCCCCAAAGACCAACCUGAAGAUAGUCACUAAGACUUGGGGCAUCGACAACUUUGUAUCAUCCACAUUGCUGCGGAACAUGCGAGAGAAAGAUUUGAUGAAAGCCAUUAAUUUCCAGCUGAAGAAGAACCAAUCAGAAAAUGAUUCCAAACAGAGGGGCCUGACAGUCAACCAAGCUCGUAUAAAUUACCUGGAAGAGCUCAGUGAUCUCAAGUCUUAUGGUGGGAAAUCCUUUAGCGCAACAAUGAUGCUCCAGGACAGAGAGUCCACGGUUACACUGUUAGUGGGUGCACGUUAUGGAGUGAGUCAGGUGAUCAACAACAAGCUUAGCAUCCUGUCCACCCUCACAGAGUUUACCACCAUCACACGCCUCGAGCUCAUUCCUGAGUCUGACAAGGUCAGCUUGGUUAAGAUAUACCUGCAAGACAUUAUGCCAAUUACAUUACUAUUGGAGACAGUUGCAGCGAAGGAUAUGUCAUGCCUAAUAGCAGGAUACUGUCGAGUGUUUGUUGACCCCAAUAUCAACAUAUUUCCCUGGUUGGAUGUCCCCAAAAAGCAGAGAGUGUCUGCUGAGGAAGGUUAUGUGUCACGUUGUGGUAGUGAUUCUGACCACUCGUCUGACUUAGACAUGGAGCCACUUGUCACCCGUGUGUCUGUAAAUGCCAAACGCCGCCCACGUGUCAGAUCCUCUUCAGACCCAGAGGCAAGGAAAAGACGAGAAGGGCACGCCAGGAGAAACAAACACGACAGUGAAUAUAGAAAUAAUAAAUCAUCAGACAAGAGGCAAAAAGAAGAUAAAGAUGCUGAUACCGAAAAAGACAAAAAUUUACCUGAGUGUGAGAAUGAGGACACACUGCUUGAGGAGAAAGAAGCCCAGAUUGCUGGACACACAAAAAAGGAUUAUGUGAAGCUUGAAAGUGAGACACAGCAAUCUAAAUUGGGAAGUGGAGUAGCAGAGGACCAGCCAUCCCUCUCUGAUUCCUGUCAUACUGACUCUCGUGUCGUUACUAGUCCUUCCAGCGAUUCGCUGGACCUCUUAGAGGAAGAUGACUUGAUUUCAUGCUCCUCAUCAUCUAUGCAGCCCAUGGUCUCAACACUAAAUCAUGCUCAGAUCUCUUCAACCCUUGAGCUUUACCCUUUCACUCACUCACACUCUGAGGACAACCUACUUGUUCCUCCACCUGCUCAUUCCCAUCCUCUUCUCCACGUCACAUCUUACAAUAAUGAUGAAGGGGACAACAGAAGGUCAGACGACAUAACCCCCCACACACAUUUCGAAGCUGUUCCUACGUCACUUGAAAUUCACCUUACUAAACAGUCAACCAGCUCAUACACUGAAGACGAUGACACCAUAUGUUUUGCUGAGCUCUCUCGCUUUGUGGAUCUCCUCCCCAGCCCCCCAGAGGCCAGUGAUGAUGAACGGAAUGAAGAAAAGGACUCUUGGAAAAAGAGAAAUAUGCUAAAUAGCAGCAAAGACGAUACUGUAAACAAAAUAGGUGAAGUAACAAAAACAAGUGGGAAGAGCAGCAGUAGAGGACACCCCCAGUCCCCAUCUUUGUCCUCAGCAUCUUCCUCCUCUGAAUUUGUGUUCAACUUUGACCAGAGAGAUGCCAGCUGUUACUACAAACUCUGCUCCAACAUCACCCCUGACAGUGCUCGCAGCCUUCCCCAGCCUGUGAAUGAUACUAAGAGAAGUGACAAAGAGAAGACUAAGGAGGAACAGCGUCACACUAAUGAACUGGAAUCAGCUCCCAUUCUCCAGCCACCACCUGGCUUUGGGGAUAGCAGCUCUGAUGAAGAGUUCUUUGAUGCCAGAGAUGGCUUCACAUCACCUGAUGACAUGGAUCUAAAAGAUAACUACACCGAAAUGAAAGUACAUUUUGUCAAUUCACUCAACCUCAGUGACAUCAGAGUCUCUGUGGGAGAUGCAAAGAAAGAUGGUAAUUCAGAAGAGGAGAGACAGCAAAAUGACAAGGAAGAGGGUGACAAAAAGGCAUUGUAUGAGCUGAGAAAAAGAUCCCGUAAGCGUCGUUCCUAUGUGGAAACAGAUUAUACCUCCAGGGUAUCAUAUCCCGAACCCGAACCAACAUCAAUGCAGAGCCAGGUCCAUUCCAUGCUAAAUACCAACUUUUUGGCCAAAGGUACUGAUUCCUACACACUGACUUCUGAUUCUGAACUUUUAGGACAAGCAGAUAAUCAAUAUUCUUCUACUGUUUGCUGUUUGACUUACUUUGAAGGGGAACCAGCACAGCUCGAGUCAAAACCAAUUCUCUCUAAUAUUGGUUCCAGUGAGCGCGCUCGUGACCAUCUGGCAUCAGCAAGCAGGAACAGGAAACAUGAUAUGGAGAUGGAACCUGAUGCGAUGGAAUCAAAAUCUAUCACGGAUCAUAUUAAGAUAGUAGCUCCUUCCAUCACUGUUGUCCGAUGCCGGGUGGAUCCAGAUGGAAAGGAGACUGCUGAUUGCAGCGGUGACAGACCAGAGACAGGAUGGGACGAGGCGCGCACAGGAGAGAACAAACCAGAGGCGGACAAGGAGAAACGGAUGACAGAAAAUAUACCAUUCCCACCUCAUAUCUUCUUGUCGGAGGUUUCUGAAAAACAAAAUAUUUCAAAAGGACUGAUUUAUUGCAGUAAAGGUGAGCUUGAAGCUACCAAAUUGACAUCACAGCUGAUAGAGUUGGAUAAUAAGAACGUCCACCGGAUUGCUUCUAUUCAAAACUCAUUUGAAGAGGAGGAUUCAACACUUGCGUCCUAUUCCCCCUCGCCCCCACCCCCGCCACCUUCAUCCCCUCGGCCCCCAAUGCUGCCUUGCAAUAAAUCCGAUAGUGACUGUUUGCAUAGAGAAUGCACAGAAUUACAGCACUUGGCUUCAUCCAACGCUGAGCAAAAACAAAAUGAAGUCAAAGAAACACAAUUACAUUUAGAAAUUACGACAAAUGAAGAUCAAGCCACUGAUAUGAUUACAAUGGCUAUGCCUGAUAGUGAUGAAGUUACUGACAGCAUAAACUCAGAUGUUUUUGAUGAUGAUGUUUUGAUAAAAUCUGAUAUUGAAAAUACCACUGAAGCUCACACAAAAGGUAAUGUUCAUACUGAACACACUGAUACGAUAAACUCCAUUACCGCAAAGCUUGGGGUUGCAACAAUGCUUACUUCUGGUUUGAAAACUGAAGCUUCUAAUACUUUAUGUAUGAUCAAAACUUUAAAUACACCAAGAGAUAGAGACUCUUCUCCAGGUGCUGAAUCUAGCUCCCUUCAACCUAACACCCCUACGAUCCAAGAUCUUGCCAAAGAGCCUCCUCUGCCAACUCAUUUCAUCUUUCAGUCUUGUUCCCCCAACAUCAUGGGCCGUUUGUCUGCCUCCACACUUAGAGGAAAGAUUCAAAAGUUGCCUCUCUAUUUGUCACGUUCCCAAGAGACCCUUAACCAAGUUGAAUGGGAGAAUAAUGCCACAAGUCCUAUUAAAGACAGCGUGGCCAACAGUGGUAACUUGCACAUUGUGAAAAACAUUCAUGAAACCAGAGAGACAAUGACAGAGGUUGUUGAGUCAGAUGAUUCAGAUUCCACUGUUACAGGAUCCGAAGUAGACUGUGAGUUCUUUGUCGCAACAACCACAGCCAAGAACUCUAGCUUAAUAUCAGAAGUAAAGGAAACCACAGAUAAAAUGUUAGUAGACCAUGAAACGACAUUCUUAGCUGUCCAGGAUGAAACCCAACCACAUGAACCAAAUGGACUUUUUCCCAAACCUAACAAGAAUACACUCGAACCAGUAACAGAGCCCCCAAUAUCCAUGCUGGGUUGCCUCCAAAGAGAUCCAACAGGUCUUUCAAUGGACACGCCUGGCCCAAUAACUGUACCACCAGUAUCAAAGAUGCUAGAUACAACAACUGUUGAAAGCAUUCCAGUUUAUAAAGUAGGCCCACACUCAGCCCCCAGCCCUUCUCCGAUUGUGGUGACUACACAAAAUUUAAAUGGACCAGGUUUACAUUUUCAUGUGCAAAGGACCAGCAGUGACAGGCCCUUGAUGGGUGUUUGUAGGCCAGCAGAACAAGCAUUGCAGCCCCUUUCUUCAGGCUGCAGGGCGUUCAACUUUUGUGAGGAACCAUCCCAAAUCUCGCCCGAGGUAGGGACUACUUUAAACUUGAAACCUGAGGUUGGAUGCACUUCUGUGCUGACAUCUGGAUGUGAGUCAGUAGUGGAGGGAUUAAAUAUGGAUCCUUGUGGUUGCCCAGUAGGCUACACCAACUGCUUUAACAGAGAGGGCAGUUUUGAUGAGGACUUGACUGUUUAUGAGUUCUCAUGUCAAGGCAGUGGUGAAAUACAAAGUGCCAGAUUACCUCUUCCGCUCAUAACUGAUCCUCCAACAUCAACCCUUCUUUCCUCCUCUCCCACAGACUCUCCUUCCUGUCCACACCCCAUACUAUCCUCCCAAACAAACGAGCUCAGUCCACUCCUCUCACCGCUAUCUGAUGCAGAGUAUCUUCACACCCAAACACAAAAGGACACCAUUAAAAGCCUUGGAAAGCAACGUUACCCUGAACCGCCUAAUGGGUUCCAAGUACUACGUGCUGAUGUAGACCACCUUCUUUCUGUCUUGGAAAAUAGCAGCGCUGACUGUUCUUUGGCUGGUCAAGGAGGUUGCCACCCAAGGGAUACGUGUGUUUCUCACUUUACAGAGAACAAGCAAGUGCUUCAAACUGAGGCAAGGCGGUUGACGACUUCCUGCCAGAAAGUGGUGGCCAUUGACCAGAGUCCAGAGGAAAUGCUUAAUUCUUUGGCUGAUAGUUUCCGUACCUUGGUGGAGUUGGCGGGCACAUGCAUAUGGUUUUCUAGUUGCGACAGGUGUGAGCGGAGGAAUGCCGAAGCAGUUGCUGGACUGCAAGAUGUGGCACGUUCAUUCAGGGACUUCUGUCUGGCAGCAGAGAGAGCCGGCAGAAAGCGUAGUUGCCACGACCUGAGCACCAAGCUGCUUGCCAAACAGUGCACUGCACUUACCGCAUCUGUCUUCUGCCUCACACAGAUCUUCCGUACACUCACUGCACUGUGAGGCGGCAUCAACCGCUAGUGCAAAACCUCAGCUGGCAUGUUAAGUGUGGAAUGGUGAUGUGCAUGUGUUUGCUUCUUGUAUGAUGUGCACAAACUCAACAGUCUGCCAGUAACCCUCUUGCAAUCUGCCUAUGCAAAUCUGCUUGAAUUCCUGUGUAGAUUUGUUUUUGAAUGUAUGCUGUAUUAUGAUUAUCAAAUAAUUCAGCUAAUGAACGUUACUACUGUGUUUUAUUGAGUAAGCAAUGUUAACUAUAUUUAAAAAUAAAUGAAUAAAAAUUUAAAAAUAUAUAUAUAUUUGUAAUUGUUUACAUAGCUUUACUCUCAGGAGUUUUGGCUUGCGACAGUGGUGAGACUUUUUCAUUUGUUGUCCUGAGGUCUGGACCUCCUAAUGUUUCACAAAAUGUUAACAUUAUAAAUUAUGGGAUGUUUUUAGGUUUGCCAUUGUAUUUUAUUUCAUGAUCUCAUUUUAUACUUUAGGGCCAAAAUAUUUGUUAAAACAUCUGUACUACUACGUAUAAACAGUAUUUUUACAUUGAGGCUCUCUAAUCCUCUAAUGCUUUUGUUUCAGUGAAAUUACACAAAUCAAGCAUCUAGCUGUGGUUGCAAUUUUAUAAACUAUUUUUGCAAAGUACCUGCAUUAAUUGCUAAACCACAAAUAAGGUUAUUGUGUAAACUUAUUUAAAAUGGUCUGAGUUGGUACUAUGCCUUUUGCUUUAGUUCUUGCUUUAGCUACCUCCCUCUGAAUCAAAUGGUAUUGAAUGAUAGCACUUUUGUGGGGCGAACAAAGUACUUUUUGCUCAUUUUAGAAAUAUUUGCGUUAACACCAAGUGCAUUUUAAUCAGCAAUUUCCCGGUAUAGCAACAAAACCAAGAAACCUAGUAAAAUGAUCACAAUCAAAUUCGGAGCCGAAACUGAGCUGGCAAACAAAAGGUAGCUCAACAUGUACAGUAAGUGACAAAGCGCUUCAAAGAACACCAGUCACAGUAUUCAGUCAAUGAAUGAAGCUCUUUUGUGGAGAUUUGUUAGCUUUUUUGUUUGUUUUAUUUUCAUUUUUUUAGUUGUAUGCAGAUGCAACUGAAGCAUGCCUAAAGAAUUAUGAUUCACAGGAGAGGCACUGGAAACAAAACAUUCAAUUGUUUACAAUGACUACAGUACCUGAACACUGUAUGUCUUUAACACCAAUACCAGUAGUAGAUACUGACUAGAACUGUUAACUUUCAUAACAAAAGUGUGUUUUUCAACUCUAUAUCUUAUGUGCUCAAGAAGCAUGCAGUUAAGCCAUACAAUGUAUUGUAAUAUCAGGGAUUGUGUCUGAAAGGCUGAAUGAUAACUUGUUACCCUUGCUUUGUACUGCUCUAUUCUAUGAUUAAAAAGUGCAUUCAGAUUUAUUUUUGUUACCGCUUGGUAGUGUAAUUCAAUGCAAAGCACCAGACAGGGAUGGGCAGUAUUUCCAUGGGAUGUAUUUAAAAUGCCAAUUACAUAAAUUUGUCACCAUUUUUUUUUUGUAACAGGAAUUAAAAAUGCCUGUCAUAUUUUAUUGAUUUUAAUAAUUUUAGGGAAUUUAGGGAUCAGUUCCUGUUGAAUUUGACGCAUACUGAGUCACGUCUCAUUGGUUUUGGGCAUUUGAGGGUUAUUAAUUCCUCCUGAUUUUCACUCACUUCCUGUUGAUUUAGUAACAUUCCUGGGUCAUUUCCACUUGAUUUUAGGGCUUCUAAGUUUUUUUCAACAAAAAUAUGUUGUGGGUGUUGUAUGUUCCAUUGGAAAUACAUAUAAUGUAGUUGAUUUUGUCAAUGUUUAGCAGAAAUGUAUGUUUUUGCUAAAAAGAAGGAAAAAAAUGCCCAUAACUUUUGUACGCUUUGAUUUUGUGACUUUUUUGGUGUCUGAAUUAGGUGGGAAAAUCGUUGGACAAGUAGUAUUUUGAAUUAACCCCUUUGCAAUUGAAAAUGAAUGGAAACCCUAUUUAUUUAUUUAUUUAUUUGUUUGUUUAUUUUGCGCAACCAUGAACAUUAGGGAUGAUAUUGAAAGAGACCCUGUGUCAUGUGAUUUUUUUUUUUUUUAACAAUUGUAAGUUGGAACAGUUAACAUUAAAAUUGAAUUAAAGUUAAAGCAUGCGGACUGUGCAGCGUGCCAAAAAUUAGAUGGAAAAGAAAAAAGAUUUUUAUAGUAUGAGACUAGCUUUGCGUUCUAAAACAUCUCCAUAAUAGGUUUAUAUUAGGGCUGUCAAAAUUAUCGCGUUAACGGGCGGUAAUUAAUUUUGUGAAUUAAUCACGUUAAAAUGUUUGACGCAAUUACCACACAUGCCCCGCUCAAAGAGAUUAGAAUGAUAGCACAGUGUCAUGUCCACUUGUUACUUGUGUUUUUGGGUGUUUUGUCGCCCUCUGCUGGCGCUUGGGUGCGAUUGAUUUUAUGGGUUUCAGAACCAUUGUGUAAUUAUUGACAUCAACAAUGGCGAGCUACUAGUUUAUUAUUUGAUUGAAAAUUUUAUAAAUUUUAUUAAAACGAAAACAUUAAGAGGGGUUUAACCCUUUAAGGUCUGGGCCUAUUUUGUCAGAUUUUGCAUGCCUUUGAAGUUGCCUUUAUAUUUCAAAGAAAGAAUUGUUUACGAUGGCCUGGUUUGGUCCCUUUUUUUGUGACACCUUGAACUUCAUGUCCAAACUGUUGUUUCCUUCACUGACCAAUUAUAAAUCAUCAUUUUGGGCCCAAAAAGACCAAAAAUUCCAAAAUCGUUUUGUCAAAAUUUUUAAUAUUGAUGUCCAAUUGACAACCAAACAUGCGUAACGAACCGUUUUGAAACUUUGUAAUAUUUAUUCAACAUGUUAGGAUGAACAUUCAACCCAAAAAAUUUAGAAUAAAUAGUCUUAUAUUUGACAAUUCAACAUAAACAACAGGUAUAGCCAUAGGCGUUUUUUGCCUUUAUACAUGCUCUAGUCAAAACAGUGAAGAACAGUGAAAAAAUAUAUACCAUCUAACACAAAAAAUGUUUAGAGGCCAUCACUUUAUGAGUUUAGGUAUUGCGGCCCAUCACCUGAUGAAAACUAUGUACACACAAUCAAGCUUCUUGAACACACAUUUAUAUACACAAAUUGUGAAGACUGAUUGUGGGGGGAAAAUAUAUAUAUAUAUAACAUUGGGGAAAAAAGUAUUUUCAAAAAUAUUUACAAUAAACAAGUUAAAAAUUUUUCAGGCAUGCCACUCCGAAAAGCAGUUUCGUCCUGGAAUUAGACACAGGGCUACAUCACACAGGCCACACUUCCAUGGGGUGUCGGUCCUCUUUCCACCCUUCCAUUUUCAUUUCACUUUACUUUCAUUGUCACUAUGAAUGUACAUGAAAAAAGUCAGUAUUUAUGAAAAUAAUAAAGUAUAAAAUAAAAAUAUAUACAGCAAUAAAUAAUAAUGGAAAUCUAUAUGUAUGACAAUAGAAAGAAUACCAUAGCUGAAUAUGUGCUACAUCCCUAAUCUUCAUAUAGAAAGAAGAACACCACAAAUGAUAAAUUCCUGCCUGGGAUACCCACAGUGCACGUACGACUUUGAUCUGAUAUGCACAUUUUAUUAUUAUAUACACAAACACACACUUAUAUUGCAUCAAAAUUAACUUUGUCUUGCAAUAUCAAAAGAAACUUUCAAAAGAAACUUUUUCAGCAUAAAAAAAAAAAAAGUGAGUUGGCUUACCUCUGCUCGUCGAUGGCGUCACCCACGUGUUCAAAUCCGUCACUAUCUUCACUCGAGGACUCUUCCGAAGAAGACGAUGAUGACGAAUUUGGACCAUCCUUUUCCUCAAGUUGAUCAAAAAGCACAAUUGCUUGUGCUAAAUUUAGUUUUCCGUUCAUUGUCAAAGUCACACAAAGUCGCUGCUCGAUCCAAACGGCCGUCGCUCGCCACCUCGCUGCUUUAGAACACUCCUCCCUCUCGUUCGGUGGAACCUCGCACGGCAGUUAUAUUCAUUAAAAAAACGCAUUUUGUGCUUCCACUGUGACUUCGAAAGGGUUCGUUUGAUUUGUGUUUUUUUCAUGGAGCUUCCGUUUUGAAAAAGGACAAGAAAUGAUGGAAAUAUAGACAUAAACAAAUGAUCCAUGCAGCGUUUUAAUGUUUUUUUGAGAGGACAAUAAAACUAUAAAACUUAAAUGACAAUAUCUCACGUUUUAGUUGGUCGAUUGA